AUGAUGAAUAUCAAUCUUGUUGAUCUACCAACUGAACUAUUUCACAGUAUUCUCGAUCGACUCGAUGCAAUGACUAUUAUCUAUGCCCUUCGUCCAGUAUGUAAAAGAACAUACAGUAUGAUAAAGUCUUAUAAUAGAUUUCAACUGAAUUUCUCGUCGUUUUCUUGGAGCGAUCGGUUACUUAUCGCUCGACAAAUUCCAUUUGAAAACGUUAGUUCGAUCGUUGUCUCCGAUAGUGAUAUAUUUACAGAUUUUGGAAUCUAUCCAUUUUUCGAAAACUUCGACAUACGACGAUUUUCGCGUCUGAAGUCAUUGAGUUUUACGUUCAGUGAAAGAUCGAGUGAAUUACGAAGCCAAGCUUUUCAAUCCAAUACUCUGAUCAACAAAAUAAUACAACCACCCAUGUAA